AUGGAAGGAUUGGAUCAUGUAUUUGGAAAAUUGAAUCCUUUAAGCGAGUUUGAUCGUUUUUGUGUGGGUAGAAUCUUGAAACCCAAGAAGAAAAUCAAGUUGAAACACAUGAAAAAGGUUGUUCAAGAUGAUUUGAUUGAAGGGAUUAUUGGUAAAAACGAUGUUAGAUUUGUUGCUGGGAAUGCCGAAAUCACAAGAUCUGUAUUCAAGUAUUGCAAACAUAAACGCAUUUUUGUUCUAAAGGUUCUUAAGACAGUAGAUGAUGUUGUUGUAUUAUACAAGCCUUUUAAACAUAAUAAAGAUGCCUUUUUAACGUAA